GAAACCCGCAGUGAGCACCAGCGCUUUUUGCAGCGCUUGGAAGGACGGAGCGCGGGGGAGAGGCGGCGUCUCCAGAAGGAGCAUACGGAUUUCCUGGCAGGGCGCCGCGACACCGACGCGGACUUUGGUGACGAUUGCUCGUCGCCACCGGCACGCACGCCUCGGCCGUAUGUACCGCCGCCGAUGGGCAAGAGCGUGUCGUUCAUGGAGAGGCAGAAGCAGUUGGCCUCGGAGCAGCGGCGUGUGGUGGCUGCCAAAACAUUGGCAGGUUCUGGCAAGAAGGCGCAUCCACGACGCAAGCAGAAGUCGGUGCAUGCGGAAUUCAUCUCGGAGGACGAAGCCGACGACGAAGAUGAUGACUACGAGGAUGAAGAGGCCAACGAAUACGACGACGAUGAGAAGGAGCUGGAGGAU